UUCUAGUGCAUGCUGUGGCUAGCGUGCUGUGUGAUAUGCUGACCGCCAUUGUCGCGCAGGUGUAGAAACGGUUAGAUGUAGAAUUACAUCGCUGGCAACAUUCUGGCUGUGUUUGGGAUUACAUGGUCAAGGUUAUGUAUAUAAUAUCACUAGUAAAAGUAAGAUUUCAAUAAUUCUGGAUAAAGUGUUGCAGUUUUAUAUUAACAGUAGUGUGGUUGGUGCUAAUCCAACGCCGCCCUUGUUUGCAGAGCUGGCGCAGUGGCGUUUCUGCCGGUCAAAUUCUUCCAGGAAAAAGACGACCAAGUUGGCUAGCAAACAAAUGAACGUUUGUUGGAGAGGACUUCAUAUAGCUAUAGCGUCGAAUUUCCCUUGUCAGCAUUGAAUAUAAAUGACACCACAAUGACACCAAUUGUUCGCAAGUAGCUUUGUGCUAGUUAUGGUUAGUUGUAAGAGUUCCUAAAAGAGACCACUCUUUUGCUGGCUAGGUGGUUAGCUAACACCAUAAUUUUCUGUAAUUUUCCAGUCAAAGUCAGUUUCACCUCGUCGACAAAGGAUAGUUGUUUUCAACGCGUCAAGUCCUUGGUGGCGGACCUGGCAACACACUACAAUUUAGAGAGGCAGUCUAGUCUGAAAGUAAGCUAUGCUAGAGGGAGAAGGAAAGCAGGCUUCGGACUCCGUACAGGAGGGGAUACCGGAGUCAGGGGCUGCUGCCUCUACCACGCAGAGUGUGUCAUCCGUUUCCCCCCCAGCUUCCACGUUGACACAACCUCCCCCAACUGCAGCGACUGAAGAUGAGGAAGAGGAAAGUGAAGAUGAGUCAGAGAUUCUGGAGGAAAGCCCAUGUGGACGCUGGCAGAAACGCAGAGAGGAGGUAAAUCAGCGCAAUGUCCCAGGCAUUGACAAUGCGUACUUGGCCAUGGACACUGAAGAGGGCGUGGAGGUGGUGUGGAAUGAGGUUAUGUUUUCAGAGAGAAAGAACUUCAAACUGCAGGAGGAGAAGGUCAAAGCCGUUUUCGACAACUUGAUUCAGUUGGAGCACCUGAACAUUGUGAAGUUUCAUAAGUACUGGGCUGAUGUGAAGGAAAAUAGAGCCAGGGUCAUUUUCAUCACGGAAUACAUGUCCUCAGGAAGUCUAAAACAGUUUCUGAAAAAGACCAAGAAAAAUCACAAGACUAUGAAUGAGAAGGCAUGGAAGCGAUGGUGCACCCAGAUUCUGUCUGCUCUCAGUUACCUACACUCUUGUGACCCUCCUAUCAUCCAUGGCAACCUGACCUGUGACACAAUUUUCAUCCAGCACAAUGGCCUUAUCAAGAUUGGCUCAGUGGCCCCCGACACCAUCAACAACCAUGUGAAGACUUGCCGGGAGGAGCAGAAGAGCCUCCACUUCUUCGCUCCAGAGUACGGAGCGGUGGCUGAUGUCACCACAGCUGUGGACAUCUACUCCUUUGGGAUGUGUGCCUUAGAGAUGGCCGUGCUGGAGAUCCAGAGUAAUGGCGAGUCUUCCUACGUGUCUCAAGAAGCCAUCACCAGUGCCAUUCAGUCUUUGGAGGACCCUCUACAAAGGGAGUUCAUUCAGAAGUGUCUGGAGGCAGCCCCCCUCCAGCGGCCCACACCCAGAGAGCUGCUGUUCCACCAAGCCCUGUUUGAGGUGCCCCUACUCAAGCUGCUGGCCGCUCACUGCAUUGUCAGCCACCAGCACAUGAUUCCAGAGAACGCUUUAGAGGAGAUGACCAAGAACAUGGACCCCAACCUUGUGAUUGUAGAGUGCAAGGAAGGAGUUCAGCUGAAGCUCUCCCAGUUUCCUGCUCUUGAGCUGGACAAGUUUCUGGAGGAUGUGAGGAAUGGGAUAUACCCCCUGACAGCCUUUGGGGUGCCCUGUCCCCAGCAGCCCCAGCAGGAGGCAGUCACCUCCCCCAUCUUGCCCCCUUCCGUGAAGACGCCCACCCCGGAGCCUGCAGAGCUGGAGACCAGGAAGGUAAUGCAGAUGCAGUGCAAUAUAGAACCUGUUGACGAGGGGGCCAAACAUCACCUGACAUUGUUGCUGAAACUUGAGGACAAGUUAAACAGGCAUUUGAGUUGUGAUUUGUUACCAAACGAGAAUGUGCAGGAGCUGACCGUAGAAUUGGUGCAGCUGGGGUUCAUCAGUGAGGGGGAUCAGCCGCAACUGGCUUCAGUUCUGGAAGAGGCUUUCACCAAGUUCUAUAGCCGUAACGGUUCCCUGAACCCAGUCACAGUCUCCUCCUAGCAGAGGAUGUUCAAAGGAUUUGGGGAAAGCUUGAUCUUCUCCCACACCAGAUUCCUGACUCAGCCACUAGGUGGCUGUCCUGUUUGUACUUAAUACUGCAUUUGUUUCCAGUGCAGCCAUCUGCUCCUGUUUUAGAAGAGGAAACAAACCCAGUCGUAACUUUAGAGGCAGGCCAUAUGUCAGUAUUAAGAAUGUUUUUAAUAUGUUGAAUAGUUUGUCUGUAUGUGAGCGAAAUCCAUGUCCUUGCGUAUGCAAGUGUGUUGAUGGUGUUGUGAGGCGUCUGAUUUUGAUGAAUGAAGCUUACUCCACAAGGUUUUUCGAUAUGCUACUGUCACAUUUCUUAUUUUACUAUGUUCUUUCUGUACAUAUGAGCUAACUAAUCACCACAUCCAUACCAAAACCACCAUAGCUACUGAACAGGGGCAAAUCCAUGAUGAGUCAGAACACCAGAACAAUGGAUGGUAUUUAUCAGUACAGUAUGGUCUAUCAUGAGGGUACACUUUCAGCAUGAUGGCUGUUAUUCUAGAGAGUGUGCUUUGCAGUGUAAAUGAGAGUUCCGUUAUCACAGUCCCCUCUUAUAUUUGCUCUUAUAGGAAUAGGAAUACAGCAAAAAAUGUAUGUGCCAUAAAUGGAGUGUACUCUUGGCAUAUUGGCCUGAAUUUCAAGAAAUUAAUUGGCCUUCCACUGUAAAUAUGUGAUGCAUUAUUUUACUAUAGUCUACAUAAUCCAAAGAUUAACCACACACCUAAUAGUUGUUUCUAUGUUCUUGUGCCAACAUCAAAUUAAUGGGUUGGAAUGCUUGUGUUAUUGGCAUUACUUUUCAUCACAGAUACUCAUAUGGGCCAUCCACUCUGACUACACACUUUCUCCUAAAUCGAGGCACAACUCGAUGAUAGUUUGCACUACUAUAAAGUUUCAAUUAUGUACCUUUCAAAUGCUGUACCUUUUGUUUCUACAUUUGUGGAUGGGUGUGUGUUUCUAAGAUGUUCCAGUUAGGUUCAACCUUGUAUUGAAAGUCAGUGGGUCAUAUGCUGUUGAUCAAUUGUACCUUCUGUAAAUUCAUAGUCACUCGUACAUAGGUUAUGUAUCGCUGAGCUCUACUGCGUGUCUCGUUAACUGUUAGUAAUGCUAGACCUUAGCUGCAUCUGCUCCUUGCAGCAUCUCUCCCCUAUAUAUAUCUUUUUUUUAACUACACCUGAAAUAAACAAAUAAAACACCUA